AUGAUCAAACCCUUGACCUCCUCGUCUACAAUGCUGGUUGACAACUUUCCGGGUAAAGUUAGUCUUUCGAACUACCAAGUUCACCUUCCUCCUAUCAGACUACCAGACAACUUCCACGAAAAGCUGGAAGCUGGCAGGCUUAACUCGUCAACAACCCCAAGACAUACUAUACCGCCUGUGGUUGACUAUGAAUUACUGUACAAAGAGUCUUCUUCAAAGUUGACAAAGCUCAACCAUCUCUUCAACACCGCGGUGGAUCAUGUCAAUACAGUUGCUAAUAACUGCAUCGAAAAUAAGAACGAUGUCCCGGAGGUAAAUAAGAUGCUACAAAGUCUUCUCUCUACCAUGGACAUAAUCAAGCAGUCUGCCUCUAUAUUGAUGGAUGCAUCUGCUACUAAUACAGUGCUGCCUCCAACCCAUGAAAGGGUAUCUCCUCUAACCUCUCCAUCCUUGGACGGAAUAGGUCGUCAUAGUAACAUGGGCAAAACAGAUUUGCCAAUACCGAAGGCCUUUGGUAUGAGCCCAGGAGGUAUCAAGAGGGAUUCUUUUGACGAUUCGUUUUCACACUCAAAGAGACAAAAGUUAUCAGUGUCUUCAGCUUCUGAAGAGAGUGCUGCUCUGGCUAUAAUGGAAAUGAAUGCUUCCGACCAUUCUCCAUCUGUUACCUCUGCUUCCUCGGAUAGUGAGUCCAGUUCAGAAUACAAGUACGAAAUGUGCAGAGACGUUAGAACGGUGUUUGAGCUUUGGGAUGAAUGGUAUAAGGGCCUUAAUGGCAAGCCUCCCAUUGUGGAGCUUGAAUCUAAGUAUGGGUCUGAUUGGAGAAUGAAAAAAGAUAUGCACUUCUUUUUUAGAAGGAAGAAGAUCAUUGAAGGAAUCAACCAACUAAUAAAGGAAAAUGAAGAUACAAAAUCCGUGAAGCAGAUUCUUCAGGACGCUGAAAAAUUGAGGAAAACAUUGAGCAACAAGUCUAGGUCACUCAAUGCGCUCAGUAACUACUUCCAGAAAUAUCUUGCUGAAAAGAAAAUUGAUGGGAACUAA